AUGGGAGCUUUCCCUCACGCUCGUUUGCAGCUGCUGGCGGCCUGCAAGGCGACCGCCACGACGAGCAGGGAGACGGUCGCGAAAUGCAGCGCGAGUGCUGCAGCAGCUGCGCGAUCGCCGUUCGUCGCGGCCGCCUCGUCUCGCCCCAUCGCCCCGCCCCUUCGUCGCCACGUCGCCCCACUGCUGCGCCUCUGCCGCCCCCCCGUUCGCCCCCCGUGCGCUUCCGCACCCGUCCCGCCCCUGCACGUAUGCGGGGGCGGUAGCUAUAACGUGGAGGAAGGGGGGAAGGGAGUGGCGGGCCGAGGGCAGCAGUCGCCCGCGUCAGCGCCAACGAAGUUCGUUGGCGCCCCCGACAUCGCCAUCCUGCUCCCCGCCCUCCCCUCUGCCGCGCACUACAGCGGCAGAGACUUGGGGGGGGGGGGUGGCGGGAUUGAGUGUGUGGUGACGUUGUGA